GACAGUUGGCUGUCAGGUCUCGACCACAAGUUGAGUUUGGGCCAAACGAGUGCGUAAAACAGACGACUUCCAGUGGAGUUUAAAGCUCAUGUGGCUUCUUUAUAUGUCGCCUUGUAGUUUCUUUCGGUUCGUCGUGUAUAGAUUACAGGGUGUGUGUUUUUAAGUUCAGUCACUGCUGCUCACGACAGCGUCCAGUACACGAGCGCCGUUACUCUCAACUGCUGCGUCUGUCAGGACCAAACGCUUAUAAAAAACUCGUUGCAGCAAAGGAGAAUUGUCAGCUGAGCCCUGUGGUUUGCGCGCCGCAUCCUCGCGGCUCCGUAACCAUGGGCAACCGGGGGAUGGAGGAGCUCAUCCCGCUGGUGAACCGCCUGCAGGACGCCUUCAGUGCCAUCGGACAGACCUGCGACCUGGACUUGCCGCAGAUCGCGGUGGUCGGGGGUCAGAGCGCAGGCAAAAGCUCUGUCCUGGAAAAUUUCGUGGGCAGAGAUUUCCUGCCGAGAGGCUCAGGAAUUGUUACAAGGAGACCACUUGUCCUUCAGCUCAUCAGUUCAACUACAGAGCAUGCCGAGUUUCUGCACUGUAAAGGAAAGAAGUUUACAGACUUUGAUGAUGUCCGACGGGAGAUCGAAGCAGAGACAGACAGAGUCACGGGAACAAAUAAGGGCAUAUCCUCCAUUCCCAUCAACCUUCGUGUCUACUCUCCAAAUGUUUUGAACCUUACUCUAAUAGAUCUUCCAGGCAUAACUAAAGUACCAGUGGGAGAUCAGCCCCCUGACAUUGAAUACCAGAUCAGAGACAUGAUCAUGCAGUUCAUCUGCAGAGAGAAUUGUCUCAUCCUGGCUGUCACACCCGCUAACAUGGAUCUGGCUAACUCUGAUGCGCUUAAACUGGGCAAAGAUGUUGAUCCACAGGGCCAUCGCACCAUCGGUGUGAUCACUAAGCUGGAUCUGAUGGACAAGGGCACAGAUGUCAGGGACGUGCUGGAGAACAGGUUACUGCCACUACGCAGAGGUUAUGUUGGCGUGGUAAACCGUAGUCAGAAAGACAUUGAGGGAAAAAAGGACAUCAGUGCAGCUUUAGCUGCAGAAAGACGGUUCUUCAAGUCACAUCCUGCAUAUAGACAUAUGGCAGACUGUAUGGGCACACCGUACUUACAGAGGCUCCUCAAUCAGCAACUUACCAACCACAUUCGUGACACAUUACCAGCAUUACGCAGUCGACUACAGGGUCAGCUUCUCUCACUGGAUAAAGAGGCAGAGGAGUACAAGUGCUUGAACCCAGAUGACCCUUCACGCAAGACCAAGGCUUUAAUGCAACUGAUACAGCACUUUGGCCUGGAUUUUGAGAAGCGAAUCGAGGGAUCUGGGGAUCAGGUGGACACAGUGGAGCUUUCAGGAGGAGCCAAAAUCAACCGCAUCUUUCAUGAGCGUUUUCCCUUUGAACUGGUUAAGAUGGAGUUUGAUGAGAAAGAAUUACGAAGGGAGAUCAGUUACGCCAUUAAAAACAUCCAUGGCAUCAGGACAGGCCUGUUCACACCCGAUAUGGCCUUUGAAGCUAUAGUGAAGAAGCAGAUUGUGAAGCUUAAAGGACCGUGUCUCAAGUGUGUAGACAUGGUGAUUCAGGAGCUCAUCAACACAGUACAACAGUGUACCAACAAGUUAGAGUCCUUUCCAAAACUGCGGGAGGAGACGGAGAGGAUAGUGACUACACACAUUCGGGAACGAGAGAGUCAAGCCAAAGACCAGGUUUUACUCUCACUAGAGAUUCAGCUCUCCUACAUCAACACAAACCAUGAAGAUUUUAUCGGGUUUGCAAACGCUCAGCAGAAAACCAAUCAAACGAGUAAGAAGCCUUCAGCAGGGAACCAGGGUGCUGCCCCUCCUCCAUCCAGUCAAAUUGUGAUUCGCAAGGGCUGGUUAACCAUCAACAACAUCAGUCUGAUCAAGGGAGGGGCCAAGGAGUACUGGUUCAUGCUCACUGCAGAGAGUCUGUCCUGGUUUAAAGAUGAUGAGGAAAAAGAGAAGAAAUACAUGCUUCCACUGGACAACCUGAAGGUGCGAGACAUAGAAAAGGGCUUCAUGUCCAGCAAACAUGUCUUUGCCAUCUUUAACACGGAGCAGAGGAACGUGUAUAAGGACUACAGGCAUCUGGAGUUGGCCUGUGACACUCAGGACGAUGUGGACAGCUGGAAGGCCUCUCUGCUGCGAGCUGGGGUUUACCCAGAGAAAACCACAGUGGAUGGAGAAGGUUCAGGCCAGGCGGAGAGCUUUUCCAUGGAUCCUCAGUUAGAGCGUCAGGUCGAGACCAUCCGCAACCUGGUUGACUCGUACAUGAGCAUCGUCUACAAAAGCAUCCGAGACCUGAUGCCCAAGACCAUCAUGCACCUUGUCAUCAACAACGUCGAGGAGUUUAUCCACUCUGAAUUGCUGGCUCAGUUGUACUCCUCAGGAGAUCAGUACUCUCUGAUGGACGAGUCUCCUGAACAGGCCCUGCGCAGAGAAGAGGUGCUCCGUACCCACGCUGCCCUGAAAGAGGCUCUAAACAUAAUCACUGAUAUCUCCACCUCGACCAUCUCCACCCCUUUGCCACCCCCAGUAGAUAACUCCUGGCUUCAUAGUGGCUCGCUACAAAGAAGGUCUCCUCCAAGUUAUAGUGUCCCUAAGAAGCAUCCCGCUCCGCCUGCUCCUUCGUUACCAACUCGCUUGGAUGCUCCUGCCCCACCGGUCUCCAACAGCACCGAUACCACCAACACUACCAGCCGCCCCAAACGAGUCCCUCCUAGUGUUCCCAGGAGACAGCCACCAGCGGUGCCCACUCAACAGCCACACUGAGACACAAAUGCCCACCUGCGAGAGAAAAAGCGCCAACGACAGGACCCGCUUGAAUUUUCUUACGAAGACAGCAAAGAUUCACAUCUUAGACACAGUGGAAAAUGAUCAAAACAGAUUUCGGUGUAGGAAAACACAUCUCCAGAUGGGCUUUUUCGCACACCGAUUCUGCUUUUGGCGGUAAGAUUGAGCUCUGUGCUGAAGUUUGUGCCUGUUUUGUACAUAUGUUGAUGUUUGCAAUGUGAGCGAGUUAUAUUCAGCUCUUUAUUAGGCUUAAAUAAAAAGCAUUUUGGGAUUUUGUAAAUACUGUGUGCUUAAGAAGUCCAACAUUUUCCUUCAGUUAAAGUAAGCAACACUUUUAUAAUUGUUUAUGGUUAGUGAUAGCUAUCUGAACCAACCCCUAAUUCUGAGUUUAAAACAUCAGCGUGCAAUUUCACACACUGGUUGUGCUACGAAAACAUGAUGUUUAUCUUAAAUCAUGCAGCU